AUGGUUGUUGGAAUGAUGGGUUGGAACGUACAUGAGCAAGGGUGGUGGAGAAAAGGACCUUGGACACCUGAGGAAGAUAAGCUGCUAAAAGAAUAUGUCAGCUUGCAUGGCGAAGGAAGAUGGAGUUCUGUGGCUAAGUCUGCAGGACUACGUAGGACUGGGAAGAGCUGCAGACUAAGGUGGGUGAAUUAUUUAAGACCAGGACUUAAACGAGGGCAUCUAACCCCUCAGGAGGAGGGCAUCAUCAUCGAACUUCAUGCCUUGUGGGGUAACAAAUGGUCAACCAUAGCUCGAUACCUGCCAGGAAGAACGGACAAUGAAAUAAAGAACUAUUGGAGGACCCAUUUCAAGAAAAAGGGAAAGCCUUCUGAAAAGAAAGAUAGGAGAAGAUUACUUAAACAGAAGAUGGAACAAGAUGAAACUGGCACCGGAGCUAAGGCGUCGCCCCUGUCAGAGGUAACAAGCGAACGGACUCUCUCUCCGGAGCUACAAGCCCAGCAAGAAUUUUCAACGCUACCGCUACAUCCAGUAAUGGAAAAUCCACAAUUGCCUGUGCUGUAUCAAGAAGCGGAUUCAUGGUCGGACACCAAUAUUCUCAUGGAUGGUUUAUCGGGGUGGCUAUGGAAUUUUGAUGAUCAAAAUGGUAAAGGGGUACAAGCUAAUAAUGAUUGCAGCAAAAUGACCAACAAAAAUCAAGCCUCUUUUGCUCCUUGUUCCUUUGGAUUUGAUAAUGUCGACGUGCAAAAUGGAGGAUACAUUUAUUAGCUAGCCAGAGAAAUCUAAUAUCUAGUUGUCGUGUUGGGCUUUGCUAAGUUAGAACUUGCUUUGUCUUCUAGGGUUAUAUAUAACUAGAACGAGACUAGAGUAUUGGUUGAUUAACCAAAAUAACUUUG